GGGCCAACUUGGGCUGUUUCCCCUCUCAUCGCAGAGGUGCAGCUGAAACCCAAGCACCAGCCCUACAAACUGGGCCGCCAGUGGCCCGAGCUGUUGCUGCGCUUUACCGACGCCCCGGACGACGAUGUGGCCAUGGAUGAGCCUUCACUGCAGUUCCGAAGGAAUGUGUUCUUCCCAAAACGACGAGAGCUCCAGAUCCACGAUGAGGAGGUCCUGCGGCUGCUCUAUGAGGAGGCCAAGGGUAAUGUGCUGGCCGCGAGGUACCCAUGUGACGUGGAAGACUGUGAGGCGCUGGGCGCCCUCGUGUGCCGCGUGCAGCUUGGGCCCUACCAGGCUGGCCAGCCUGCGGCCUGCGCCCUGAGGGAGAAGCUGGACUCCUUCCUGCCUGCUCACCUCUGUAAGCGGGGCCAGGGCCUCUUUGCCGCCCUCCGGGGCCGUGGGGCCAGGGCCGGGCCAGGCGAGCAGGGCCUGCUGAAUGCCUACCGCCAGGUGAAGGAAGUGUCUGGCAGCGACAGCGUGCACGAGGCCUCCCUGGGCACCCACUACCAUGCCUACCUGCUCAAGUGCCACGAGCUGCCCUUCUAUGGCUGUGCCUUCUUCCACGGUGAAGUUGACAAGCCAGCCCAGGGCUUUCUUCACCGGGGCGGGCGCAAGCCAGUGACUGUGGCCAUCAGUCUGGAGGGUGUGCAUGUCAUUGACAGCCGGGAGAAGCAUGUGCUGCUGGGCCUGCGUUUCCAGGAGCUGUCGUGGGACCACUCCUCCCCCGAGGAGGAGGAGCCCGUCCUGUGGCUGGAGUUCGACGGGGACAGCGAGGGAACGCCCGUCAACAAGCUCCUCAGGGUCUACUCCAAGCAGGCAGAACUGAUGAGCGGCCUCAUUGAGUACUGCAUCGAGCUGAGCCAAGCCGCAGAGCCCGCCGCCCCCCAGGACAGCACGACCGGUCCCGCCUCGGCCCCCGGGUCCUCGCCCCCUCCCACUCAGCGUCCCAAGCUGCGGAGGCAAGGCAGUGUGGUGUGCAGCCGAGUCCAGCACCUCUCGACCAUCGACUACGUGGAAGACGGCCAGGGCAUCAAGCGGGUGAAGCCGAAGCGCACCGCGUCGUUCUUCAGCCGGCAGCUGUCCCUGGGCCAGGGGAGCUACACCGUGGUGCAGCCCGCCGACAGCUUGGAGCAGGGCUGAGGGCAGCAGUGCCCAGCAGGAGG